GCUAAAAUGUUUGGUGCAUGAAAACUAGCCGUCUCUCGUCGAAUGAUAACAAAUUCUUCAUGUUCCCACACCUACUAGGAGUAGUACUGUUGACCAAUCACCGAAGAAGGGGUGUAGGCUUCGGCUACAGAAUAUGAGAAGAGUGCAACUGCGUCCCGCAAUUUGGGACAUUCCUGCAUCUCCUGUACAUAGACGGGGAGGGGCAGGAACACAGUAGGUGGCAGUAAUGCACUAUGACGUUGGAUUCCGACCGCUGAUAAAACCCACAGAAGAGACGCGGCCGACAAUUAUAAAAACGUUAGGGCAUCUAGCCUCAGGGGAUGCCUUGCUUGACCACACCUUCCUUCCUUGCUCCUGCCCUGCUCUGCCUAUUCCACCAAUCCAUGUGUUUCUUAUGGACAGAAAAGAGCAGAAGCUCUGAGCUGUCCGAUCAGGUCCAAUUGUUUACUGAGCGGCGACAAUGGUAGCUAGCUAUAGCUAGUACACACGGGCAGAUGGCGUCUUUCGCCCCAGGUGUCGCUAACCGCCCCAGGUGUCGCUAACUAGCAAGUUAGCUAGCACACGGUGCUGUCCAAGACUCGCCCGCUGUGCUAGCGGGAGGCGGGGGCGACUGGAUGCAGGAUCUUCAAGACCUUGACAAUGAAACAUGUUGGCUUGUCAAAGAGCUAAAGUCAUACAUUGCUCAAGAAGCAGACUUUUUACCAAGGGAAACUGGCCUCAAUAUAAUGGAGUCUGCAGCAGAGAAUCACAAUGGAGUCUCUGCAAAAUGCAGAAAUGCCAAAGUUGAAGACCUGUGGAGCCUGGCCAGUUUCUUUGGUUUCAGCACCCAGACAUUUGUCCUAGCUGUCAAUCUACUGGAUAGGUUCUUAGCCAUUAUGAAGGUCCAACCUAAGCACGUGCCCUGCAUUGGAGUCUCCUGUCUCCAUAUUGCUGCCAAAAUGGUUGAGGACGAGUGCAACAUCUCACCCACCCAUGAACUCAUCCGCAUCAGCCAAAGCAAGUUCACUGUGUCUGACCUCAGCCGAAUGGAGAAGAUCAUCUCUGAAAAACUCAACUUGGAGCUCAAAGCCAUCACAGCCUUAACUUUUUUACACUUAUACCAUGCUGUCAUUGUAUCACUUACAUCAGAAAGGGGGGAGAUCCCAAGCAUUGAAAGACUGGAAGCCCAGCUAAAAGCCUGCUUAUGCCAGCUUAUUUUCUCUAAAGCAAAACCAUCGGUGCUGGCUCUGUCUGUCAUUACUCAGGAAUUUGAUGCCCUCCAGUCUCUUGCCAUGUUGGAAAUUGUCCAAGAACUCCAAAGGCACUUAAAGAUUGUUGACAGUGAGUUACUCUACUGGAGGGGACUCGUGGCCAAAUGCAUGACUGAGUACAGCUCAAGUGAAUGUAGCAAACCAGACAACAAAAAACUGGUGUGGAUCGUGUCCAGACGAACCGCCCAAAAUUUGCACGCUAAUCACUUCAGUGUCCCUGAACUGCCGACUAUUCCAGAGGGCAGCUGGGAUGAAAGUGAGAGUGAGGAUUCCUGUGAGGAUAUGAGCUGUGAAGAGGACAGCCUGUGCGGCUCUCCUGGCAGUGAUGCAGAGGGAGCCUUCUUCCCCUCAGAGUUUUGCAACCAGGGCAGAAAAUGAUACUCCUCUCUUUUUGAUGAGGUUAAAUUCUCGAUAGGGAUUGUAUGUGUAACCAGGGUGCUAAAUGUAACUUUUCCCUAAAUGUAACUUUCCUUGUCGUUCGUAAAACAUUUAUGUUAAUUACUAUACAGUAUGUAUGGCAGAUGGGUAUCUAACUCAAGCUGCCUGCGUGACUUGUUAGACCUCUGAGCUAAAGCCUAGGUGUGGAAGCUAACAAAUCUUCCGGUCCAAAGUAAGUUUACUGAUCACGGGAGCGUAUUCAACAAACCACCUCUGCUACAUACGUAUGUAUUCUGGAAAUACUGAAUGACAGGACCUACCAAGUGCCUGUGUUAAUCCAUGUGCAGUUUUAAAAAUGUUGUUAUGAUUUUAGAUAGAUCUUAGUGGAAUUUAAAUUGCAAUAUCUUGGCAGCUGACUGGCAAUAAGAUCUUAAAAUGCCUUUUUAAAUAUGUUCCUGGUGUCAAUCUAUGUCAAAACUUGACACAUUCCAGUUGUCAUUAAAGGGAUUGUUCAUCCAAAUUUAAAAUGAGACAUAUGUUUCCUUACCUGUCGUGUAAUAAGCAGUCUAUGCACAAGGUAUGACAGCAAUCCAUGCUUUGGUUUAGUUUCCCUGGCACUGUUUCCACAUGCUAACAUUUUAGCAUUUGUGGCACAAAUCCCAUUCAAGUCAUUGGUAUUAGCUGUUUUUGUACAUCUACACCAAAUCAUACAAAAGUAUCUCAAAUUUAUUAUGAAGCUCAACAAAGUCACUUCUAAAUGUUUUGAACAUUUUGCAUGAAAAAUACAACAUUAGAUUUGUUCCACAAAUGCUAAAACUUUAGCAUGUGCUAGGGAUGCUAAACCAAAUAAUGGAUUGCUGUCAAACCUUGUCCAUAGACAGGGUAAGGAAACCAAUACAGUAUGUAAUUUGGGUGUACUACCCUUUAAGCACAAUGGCAAAACUAUUUUCUACCUAGGAUGUCCGUCCCGCACACUAACUGUUCAAUCAAUGGGAAAUACCCAACAUCGGUACAUUGUGCAAGUUUUACCUGUUUUAUAGAAUAGUAUUAAUGUAGUAGUUGCCAAUUCACCAUGUUAUUGUAAUGUGUUUGUGAGAUUAUAUGCAGGAUGAUACUGUAUUCUAUUAAUGGUGGCUUGUAUGGAAGUAUGUCAUUUGGGAUUCUGUUAGAGAAUGAUGGUGAUUGUUGAUUCAGUACACGUGCAAAAUAUUUAUAUGUAAAUGAAUAACACAUUUACAUAACUUGUAUAAGAAAUUAUUUUAAAAAAGGGAAUGUGUUAUCAUUCUUUGUGAAUAAGCCAUUUUAUGUUACUGUAUAUCAACAUGUUGUUAUAAACAAACCAUGUUUGCUUGGAAAAAAGAACCCUGCAAACAAAAGGAUUACAAUUUUUAAA